AGCCGCAGGAUGCCAUCAAGCAUCCUCGGGCCGAGGACGAGAUGGGCUUUCCAGCGGUAUGCGGCAAGAAGAUGAAGCUCGAUGGAACCAACCCGGUCAAGCUCCGACGAUCCGCCCGCCUGCCACCUGCUGAGACCCCGCGGCUGUACCCGCUGAGCUCUCGAUCCAGGAACGACAGCGUCUCUUCGACAUCAAGAUGAACGCAUCGAACUCGGAGUUUGAGCUCAACGUCUAUGUGGACGAGGUCGUCAUGAUCGACACGAAGGAGACCGACCUCCUCGCGCGCGAGAUCGACCAGUUCCACCGCAAGGACGAAGACGACAAACACCGCUUGCUGACCGACUUCAUCAAGGAGGCCAAGACGGACCUGAGUGCUCGCAUGCGAAUGAUUCUCAUCGACUGGCUCGUCGAGGUCGGCGAAGAGUACAAGGUCUCGUCCAAGGCGCUCCACCUCGCGAUCUGCCUCGUCGACCGGUGCUUGGCGAGUAUGACCCUCCAUCGCAGCGAGCUCCAGCUUAUGGGCUGCGCGUGCAUGAUCCUCGCGUCCAAGUACGAAGAUGUCCACGCGCCGAGUGUCGAAGACCUCGUGUACAUCUCGGAUCACACGUACACGGGCGACCGCAUGCUCGAGAUGGAAAGCAUGGUCCUCGACGCGCUCGAGUUCCGCGUGAGCUCGACCCAUCUCUACCACUUUCUUGAGCGCUUCGUUCUCGCGGGCUGCUCCACGGACGUGCAGACGCACUUUGCCCAUUACGUGGCAGAGCUAGCGAUGCUCGACUACCCUCUCGUCCAAAAGUUCAAGCCGUCAGUGAUUGCGGCGGCCUCUGUCUACUUGAGCCGCGUCGUGACGGGCGAAGCGACCUUUUGGACGCCGACGCUGCACUACUAUAGCAAGUACAACGGCGUGCAGAUCCUGGAGUGCGUGCAUCAUCUUCACAAGAUCCACGAGAAGGAGUACACCGUCUUGCACACGGAUACGAGUCAAACCAAGGCCAUCACCGACAAGUACAUGUCACGAAAACACUUCCGCGUGUGCAAGAUUGCUCCCGUUCCGCUUCCGGCGUAGCGUCCUCUUAAUUUAAUCAACGUACCCUACUUCAUGCUGU